CCUGCCUAUUGCUUCAUUCCUGGAAAUUGCACUGCAACUAAGUAAGAAAAAAAAAUACCUGAAAGAAAGAAAACAAGGAAGAAAAUACCCCAGAAUUCCUAAAGAACAUUUCACCUGCACCGAAAAUGGUGAGCGAGAGUCAUCAUGAGGCCCUGGCAGCCCCGCCAGUCACCACUGUGGCCACUGUCCUACCAAAUAAUGCCACAGAGCCAGCCAGUCCUGGGGAAGGAAAGGAGCAUGGCUUUUCUAAGCUGAAGGAGAAGUUUAUGAAUGAGCUGCAUAAAAUUCCAUUGCCACCGUGGGCCUUAAUUGCCAUAGCCAUAGUCGCGGUCCUUUUAGUCCUGACCUGCUGCUUUUGUAUCUGUAAGAAAUGCUUGUUCAAAAAGAAAAACAAGAAGAAGGGAAAGGAAAAGGGAGGGAAGAAUGCCAUUAACAUGAAAGAUGUGAAAGACUUAGGAAAGACCAUGAAAGAUCAGGCCCUGAAGGAUGAUGAUGCUGAAACCGGAUUGACGGAUGGGGAAGAAAAAGAAGAACCCAAAGAAGAGGAGAAACUGGGAAAACUUCAGUACUCAUUGGAUUAUGAUUUCCAGAAUAACCAGCUGCUGGUAGGAAUCAUCCAGGCUGCCGAGCUGCCCGCCUUAGACAUGGGGGGCACAUCCGAUCCCUACGUGAAAGUCUUUCUACUGCCCGAUAAAAAGAAGAAAUUUGAGACAAAAGUCCACCGAAAGACCCUUAAUCCUGUCUUCAACGAGCAAUUUACUUUCAAGGUGCCAUAUUCGGAACUGGGUGGCAAAACUCUGGUGAUGGCUGUCUAUGAUUUUGACCGUUUCUCCAAGCAUGACAUCAUUGGGGAAUUUAAAGUCCCCAUGAACACAGUGGAUUUCGGUCACGUAACUGAGGAGUGGCGCGAUCUGCAAAGUGCAGAGAAGGAAGAGCAAGAGAAAUUGGGUGAUAUCUGCUUCUCCCUUCGCUACGUACCUACUGCUGGCAAACUGACUGUUGUCAUUCUGGAAGCAAAGAAUCUGAAGAAGAUGGAUGUGGGUGGCUUGUCUGAUCCUUAUGUGAAGAUUCAUCUGAUGCAGAAUGGCAAGAGGCUAAAGAAGAAAAAGACAACAAUUAAAAAGAACACGCUUAACCCCUACUACAAUGAGUCGUUCAGCUUUGAAGUACCCUUUGAGCAAAUCCAGAAAGUGCAAGUGGUGGUAACUGUUUUGGACUAUGACAAGAUUGGCAAGAACGAUGCCAUCGGCAAAGUCUUUGUGGGCUACAAUAGCACCGGGGCGGAGCUGCGACAUUGGUCAGAUAUGCUGGCCAACCCCAGGCGACCCAUCGCCCAGUGGCACACCCUACAGGUAGAGGAGGAAGUUGACGCCAUGCUGGCAGUCAAGAAGUAAAGGGAAGAAGCCUUUCUGCAUUUGCCCACAUAGUGCUCUUUAGCCAGUAUCUGUAAAUACCUCAGUAAUAUGGGCCCUUUCAUUUUUCCAGCCAUGCGUUCCUAACACAAUUCAGUGGUACUUCAAAUCCUGUUUUAAUUUGCACAAAUUUAAACGUAGAGAGCCCCUAAGCCCUUCAUUAUAUCACUGCCCUCCAAAUCUACUCUUCUUUUAAGCAAUAUGAUGUGUAGAUAGAGCAUGACUGAAAUUAUUUAUUGUAUCACACCGUUGUAUAUACCAGUAUGCUAAAGAUUUAUUUCUAGUUUGUGUAUUUGUAUGUUGUGUUUCCUAAUCUGUGUAUAUCUAGAUGUUUUUAAUAAGAUGUUCUAUUUUAAACUAUGUAAAUUGACUGAGAUAUAGGAGAGCUGAUAAUAUAUUAUAUGGUAAAUAUAGCAUCGUCUGCAUUCCAGCAAAAAUAUCAACUUGUAAGGCACUAGUACAGUGAAACUGACGUCUUAAAGGACAACUUAAACCUGAGCUUUCUAUUGAAUCAUAUGAGCACCAAGAUACGCUUACACCACAUAUUUGGUGGGUGAAUCCAAUUUUGUAGAAUUUCUUCACAGGCAAAUUAGUAUGAUCUGAGCAGCAUCCAGGAAGCAGAGCCACAAACCAGAGUAGCAUCUGUCUGUACAUAUCUACAGAGCUCAAAUCAGGGCUUCACUCUUACAUUCGAGGAAGCAACUGAACAGGGGUCAAUGAUUUCAUCAGGGCUUCACUCUUACAUUUGAGUAAGCAACUGAACAGGGGUCAAUGAUUUCAUAUUACUGCAUAUGGAGUAAUGACAUGAUGGUGUUCAGUGUGUUUGUGAGAGUGUGUGUGUGUGUGUGUAUGCGUGCAUUUGUUUGGAGAUGGGGUGGGUGGGAAAGAAGCUGAGGGGAGAAGUCAGCAUUUCUGAAAUAUUGCCUAACUAUUUAAAAAGAAAAAAGUAGCUCUCCGUUAUCACCUUUAUACAAAACGUGCAUCCUGUGAAUUCUGUUCCAGAUUUCACACCUACAAUAACUCCAAAAGGUUUGCACAUCAGACUUUGUAACAAAAUAUUUUAUUAUACAAAACCAGAUUAGGAGGAAUGCAGAAUAUUUUUAACACAGCAAUCUGUGCUUAUGACACAAAAUUACUUUGUGGUAAACAGACAGUAUUGUAAUCCCAUCAAAAGAGGAAAAAAAUAAAACAAUUAGCCAUAGUUCUGAAUGCACUUCCAUUAAAGCCAAAACAGACAGCUGGUGAUCUUUUUAUAUGCUCUUUUUACGUAAAUAAGUUUUAAUUUGUCCUUUAAAAAAAGGUGAAACAAAACCAAGAACAAGUUCUAGAAAACUGAAGCAACCUCUUAUGUAUACUAGAUGCUUGAUUUAGGAGGAGUUUUUCAAUGUUUUCCAUGUUAUUGUGUAGUAAAUGGCACUAUUACGAAGCUACCAGUCAUUCCCUAAGAGUCUUACAGGACUGCUCUGUGUAACACUGUGACCGCCGUGUGUGCUUAGACACGCCGCGUAGUUUCCUCAGUGGCUAGCACUCAGACCCUUCCGUAGUGAUGUUGUAACAAUACUGCCGUUCCCUCCUACUGCACUGCCCAAGGUGUGUGUAGCACAAACAGUUUGCAUUACAAAGGACCAAUUCAGCACUGAAAAGCUAUGCAUAGGACAGGAAAGAUACAAAGCACCAGGUGGAACACACAGCAUUUUGUCUAGCACUGUGCAAUAUUCCAUAUUUUUCCCCACUAGAGUAGACCACCACUUUGCCGAAGGGCAGCCGAUGAGCUCACACUGCAGCUAGCCUUUUCUCCCACUCACCUCUGCGACCUAUUUUCACACCCAGGCCACAGAGUGAUGGUGUGAACUGAAAGUUCUGUCUUCAGAAAUACCAAAACAAAAUGAAGGAAAACUAAGCAUUAGUCUCACGUUCAGGCUUUCGGAUAUCGCACCAUGGUUUUUAAAACCGCAAAGAGGAUUCAAAAGGGGCUGAUGGGAAGCUUCAGACAUGGGGUUGGCUGUUUCCUGAUAAAACUAAAAUUCCUGUCUUGUUCCUUCCUCAUCAAAGACGAGGCAAGCCCUUUGGCCUUUCAGCCCAGUCACAGCAAGCUCCUUAAAACUGGGAUAGACCUGAAGGACAAAGGGAGAACAACAUCUCCCUCCUCUGUGGACGGUCCAUACUUUUUUCAAGAGGCAGAUAAUAGAAAAUGCACACGUCAUGAUAUGAGAUUAAAUAUACCACUUUGAACAGAAGAUUCAACUGAGACUCCUUCCAAUUUAAAAGAUUAGACCCUAUCAAAGAGAGGGAGUUGAUUGACUUUUUAAAAUUCCUUGAAUACCAGAAACUGACAUUUGAUUUCACCAUAAUCAGCUUUAAGUUGUUUGCACUGAACAAACAUUUUGAAACAAGUAGGUUCGAGCUGCCAGAAACACAUCAUUUCUUGCAUUAAAGCACGAUUAAUGCAUUCUCUUGCAACACUGCCAGACAUGGGAUACUGUCUCCACAGAACCAGUUGGUACUAUGCCACCUGUCACAAGUCAGUAACCAAACCUGCUUUAAGACCAAGAUUCAUCCUCCGAUAAGCCACAUGUACCUUCUGACAAAGCUGUGUAAAGUAUUAGAAUCUGAUGCUCUAGAAAGAUCCUAGUUGCCUUUGUGUAUAUUUACUGCCUGCUUGAGUGCUUCUCUGUGUGAGUUUUCUCUGUAUCCUGUAGAAAUGUUGGGGUGUUUUCUUCUGCCAUAUGGCUCGUGGCCCGCGAGCCAACUACUUUAGCUGUAUUUUACCUUCGUUUUUGAUGAGGUGGUUUAAAUUUUGUUUCAUUUCGUGUAGUGAAUUCCACAGUAGUUUUCUGAUUGUUGUUAAAAUGACUUAACAUAUUACAUGGAUAUUCAAUAAAAAUGUUUUA